AUGGACUUUGAGCCCUUAAGUCCUUCCCCUGGGACCCAGUCCAGCCCCGAUAUGGCACUCACUCUCACCUCAGCCCCAAACUCCUACGGGGGCAAGCUUUCCCCCAUCACCAAAUACCAUAUAGAUCAGGGAUCCGAGUCAGGCAGACUCUUUAAUUCCAAAACUCUGGGUGAAUCUGAUACUGCAAAUCUAAGCUUAAAGUUUAAGUUGCCAGUUCCUGGAAAUACUGAAACGACCAAUGGAUCUGGAUCAGCCGAGUCAGGAAUGGAGUCUUCAGACUCAAUAUCUAGUGCCUCCCCACCAGGGAAGGAGGAGGAAGAAGAGGAAGUGAACGAGGAGGAAGAAGAAAGUUCAGUGAAGGAUGAUGAGCCUGUAGACUGUGCCAAUUGUGACAGUGGUUACCCUUCUCUACAGUCCUACAUGGAUCAUAAAUGUGCGGGAACUGAUCAGUCCCCGUUUAGGAAUAGAACCUCGCUAGACAGAACAAACCUCACUAAUACUAGUAAUAAUGUAGACGAUGAUUUCAGUGAUGGCGAGAGUUUUGAUGGUAAAAUUGUGUAUAAUUCUGAUGGGUCGGCUUACAUCAUUGAGGGCGGCGACUCGGACUUGAGCGAUCUUGAUUCUAUAAUAGACUUACCACAUCAGGACGGUAUUAUCAUAGACAGGAAAGGCAGUGAUAUUCAGUCACAAGUCUCUGCCUUCCCAUACGUUGCUAACGCUUUCUUUGUUCCCAGAAAUCCAGCUUCUGUGUUAAACAGUAUUUAUAGUGCUCCAUCUUCUCAUCCCUACCCCCACCAGGCCCCGAUGAUGUUCAGUUAUCGUGUGUACGACGUCCGUUCAGGGAAAACAAAGACAGACAAGGCUGAUAGUGAUAUGGAUGGCAGUGCGACUGCUGAUAGAUUAUCUACCUCAGACGCAAGUAAGGGUUGGACGUCGGUCCCAACAAAACCCAUUCUCAUGUGUUUUAUAUGUAAACUAUCGUUUGGUUACGCAAAGUCUUUCACAGCUCAUGCUGAAACUGAGCAUUCAAUGACACUGAACAGCGAAGAGGUGACAAUUAUGUCUCAGAAAAAUUCAUCUGCCAUUAUACAAUGUGUGGGCAAGGAGAAAGAACCUCUAAUGUCAUUCUUGGAGCCCAAACCUGGGAAAUCGCUUCCGACUAAUGACGCCCAUUCUCCCUCAGCCAAACCUUCUUCACAAGAGUUGUUUUCACCUACAAAUAUGUUGUGUUCCAGCUACCCGGGUAGCCUGAAAGACACAACCUCUGUCAGUUUUGUGUACUCGAAGCCAAAGCUUUCUGACAACCUCAUAGCUAACUCAAGUCCACUGAUGAUGCAGUUGAAAUCGGAGAAAUUACACGACCCUAGUACUCAGGGAUUAUCCGACUCUAAGAGGUCGGAGGUGGCAGCGGGCAGUGCCAAGUCAGGGGUUAACCAUGGUGCUAUGCUGGACUGUGUUGGUGUUCAUAAUCAAGGGACAAAAUAUAACAACUCUGUGUGUAACCUCAGUGAAACCUCAGGAAUCCCAGAUCACAGUGGAGGAUCAGACUAUGACCUGGAAACAUCUUCAGUCAAGGAUGUCCCACCUCAGAAUGAGAAUGUUUUCCAGAGUCCUAACAACCACAGACAAAGUCUAGACAUGUCAUCAUCUAGUGCUUCCUAUACUGUGCCAUCACUUACCAUGUCAUUGCCAAUGGCAACUAGCCAUCCAUCAUCCUCAGUGUUUCUCGGGGUGUGUGAGGAUCAUCCACAGGGACGUGCCCAGGGUGUGGAGUGUCCCAAAUGUGACAUGAUACUGAGCUCUUCUCAGUCUCUUGGUGGUCACAUGACCAUGAUGCAUUCUCGAAACUCAUGCAAGACACUCAAGUGUCCAAAGUGUAACUGGCAUUACAAAUACCAAGAAACACUUGAAAUCCAUAUGAAAGAAAAACACCCGGAUAAUGACCAGCAGUGCAUCUACUGCAUGACAAACCAGUCGCACCCUCGCCUGGCACGUGGAGAGAGCUACUCUUGUGGCUACAAACCAUAUCGCUGUGAGGUGUGCAACUACAGCACAACCACCAAAGGAAACCUUAGCAUACAUAUGCAGUCUGACAAACACCUCAACAAUGUACAGGAACUGGCCAAUGGAGGCGAGGUCAAAAUGCCACCCCAGCAACCUGUUCAAACUGAGGCUGCGGUACAGCAGAUGAAGAAGAACAAACCGAAACCAACAUGGAAGUGUGAUGUUUGCAACUACGAAACAAACGUGGCACGGAAUCUGCGCAUACACAUGACCAGUGAGAAGCACACACACAACAUGAUGGUUCUUCAACAAAACAUGAAACAUAUGCAAAGAGACAUGCAGAUCCAGCAACUCAACCAGCUGAUGCUUUUGCAGAACGAUCCAUCAUUCCUGGCCGGAAUGUCAUCACCCAUGACCUCCCAGGGGAACAUUCCCUUCGGCUACGACCAGAGUAUGAUGAUGGCGAAUAUGCAAGGACCAUACGGUGAAAUCCCAAUGGACCUACGGAAAGAAAAUGGUGGUAUGGGUGUUGCAUUUGAUCCGCAGACUCCUGACGCAGCCAGAAUGUAUUCUUGUUGUGUUUGUAACACAUACGCAACCGACUCCCUCGAAUCUCUUCAUCAGCAUUUACAACUAGACCGCACCAAGCAGCGGGAACAGGAGAAUAUCAGCGUGUCGCAGGGUACCUACAUGUGUAGUCUGUGUACAUACAAAACCAACCUCAAAGCCAACUUCCAGCUGCACUGCAAGACGGACAAACAUCUACAGAGGCUUCAGCUGGUCAAUCACAUCAAAGAGGGCGGGGCCAGCAAUGAGUGGCGGCUAAAGUACCUCAAUGUCAGUAAUCCGGUUCAAGUCCGCUGUAAUUCUUGUGACUACUAUACCAACAGUAUCCACAAGCUUCAAAUCCACACUGGUAAUCCACGCCACGAGAGCAAUGCCCAGCUGUUUGUCCAUCUCCAGAUGUGUGAGACAAAACUCAACGCCAAGUCCAAGUACUACUACUGCAGUUUGUGCAAGUUCUCCACACGAGCAAAACUUAACCUCAUCCAGCAUGUCCGCUCCCUCCGCCAUCUACGCAGUGAAGGCAUCAAACAGAUGCAGAUGAAGGAAGACGGUCAGGUGGAUAUCGACCCUGGUGAAAUCUACAUGGUCAAGGAAUAUGACGAGGGCAAGGACAAAAUCCUGUUUGAUGACGAAGAUGGGGAAGGCGAGGGUGACGAGACAAGAGCUGUAGUCCAGGAGAAUGAACUGCAGGACAGAAAAGCUGAUACUCCCGGUCUGUACAACAACAACAACAACAACAACAACCCUACCACAAAGUCUAUCACUGUUAACACCACCAGUACCCCAGAAUCUGGUAACACAGAAGGAGGAGAAGAACACAUCCAUGUGUGUCCCUACUGUGAUUAUAGUAGUGUGAAUGAGGUACGCAUCCAGGCUCACAUUUUCUCCCAGCAUUCACAGCAACCAAAGGAAAUCUGCUGUCCUCUCUGUCAGGAGGAGUUCAAGGAAAAGUCUCGCCUUGAAAAGCACCUCACGUCCAUGCACAACGUCAAACCAGAGGGACUUCAUCGCCUGCUUUUGAUGGUCGAUAAAGGGGAUUGGAUCAUGCCUCCUACAAAUGCCAUUGGGCACUCUUCUGUUAUUCCUCAGAUCCCUAUUGAUGAAUCAGAGGAGAUAAAUAUGGAAGCACUGGAGGCUGAGGCAGCCAAAAUCGCAGCAGAAGAUGCUAUAGACACUACUGCUGGUGCUGACAAGAACAGUGAAGAUGACCAAUACAGAUGUCAAACUUGUUCAAAGACUUUUGGUAACAUUGAUGCUCUGUAUGCUCACCAAAAUGAGCUUGGACAUUUAGAACUCAAGCAAACACCCAGAGGACCAGGAUACCUAUGUUGGAAAAAGGGUUGUAACCAGUAUUUUAAAACAGCCACAGCAUUACAGGUCCAUUUCCGUGAAAUCCAUGCCAAGCGCCAACCAGGCACUGGACUUGAAAAUCAAGUGUAUAGAUACAGGUGUAAUCAGUGCAGCCUCGCUUUCAAAUCUCAAGAGAAGCUCCAGCUUCAUCAACAAUAUCACCUCAUCCGUGCUGCCACCAGGUGUAGCUACUGUGCACAUUCUUUCUGUUCUAUUGCUGCGUUAAGAAAACAUAUUGAAACUGACCACACAGAAUUGUCAGAAGCCGAGAGAGAGCAGCAUAGUGUUGUUCUCAAUGAAAGCUCUGCAGCUCUGACCAACUUACUACAGACCUCCAGACUCGAAAAGGUUUUAAGUGGUGGCUGUCCGUCGUCUCCUGCUGAGGGCACUGGAGUUCUUACCUCAGAGGAGUCACCAGAUAUGGCCACAGAUUGUACAAAAACUGAUGUGAAUUCAAAUGAGACUGGAGAGAAAGGCAUAGUAAAGCCAGAACUUAUGGACACAAAUUCUAACGAGGGACUUAACCUCUCUAUGGAUAAUGGUGAUGAGAAUAGUGCAAGUUCUCCAGAAAGUGGCACAAAGGAGGAUGGUACGGAUGUGAACUACAAAGAACAGCAAUUCCUAGAGGACUAUAUCAAUAGCCAGGCCAUUGCCGAGGGAAGUUAUGAGGAUCCCUCACGUAAAUACAAAUGCCAUCGCUGUAAACUAGCAUUUACCAAGCAAAACUAUCUCACAGCCCACAACAAGACUCUACUUCACCGUCGUGGGGACAAAUUGAGUUAUCCUAUGGAGAAGUAUCUGGAUCCCAACAGGCCAUACAAGUGUGAUGUGUGUAAGGAAUCCUUCACACAGAAAAACAUCCUUCUGGUACACUACAACUCUGUAUCACAUCUUCACAAGCACCGUCAGGUUUUACAGCAGGGAGGUUUGACCUCCUCUGCCUCAUCUCAAUCACCUCAAUUACCAACCUCCCAUUCACAGACACCACAACCUUCUCAAACUCCUACCGAGACCACAACUGUAUCAUCAGAUCCCUCAUCGCCUAGCAACCCAACAUCAGUGUCACCUGUGUCGACAGAAUCUGAUAAAUCCAAACCAUACAAAUGUAAUAUUUGUAAGGCCUCGUACAGUCAAGGGUCAACACUGGAUAUACAUAUCCGGUCUGUGGCCCAUCAGACCAAGGCAUCGAAACUUCAGGAACUUGUGCUGACUGGACAAGUGGACUUGUCUCAGCCUCUCAUUGAACAGCCAAAUGAUAAAAAUAUCUCACCGCAGCAUCAGAAGAAAAUACUGGCUGAGAUACUGCAGCAACAGCCUCUCAUGUCUGCAAGUAGCAGCCAGCCACUGAUAUUUCCGGGAAUCACUGCAGGUAUAUCAGGGAUCACCACUGGACUUCCACCAAUGUCCUUACUUCCUGGACUACACCAUGUUGUCACGACAACAGCACAGAAUGGUUCAUUGUUAGAAUCUGUGUCUAGUCAACAAUCAUCAUCUGCAAAAUCAUCAUCGAACGAAAACUCAACUUCAUCUUCAUCCAAUCACCAGAACAACUGCCAAGAAUCAUUGCCAUCACACAUCAAGAAAGAAAGUGGAUUAAGCAUUAAGAAGGAUCCGGAAAGUUCUGACAGCAUUACGUCUGUACCAUUCAGUGUUCAGUCUCAGCAGCACCAGCAGUUGGUGAUGCAAUCCUACCUCAGUCAGCAGGGUCCAAACUCUGGUCCAUUGGCCAUUACAUCCCAGUCCCAGGCGGCUAUCAUGCGGCCACGUAACUUUGCCAGUCGUCUGAAGACGCAAGUCCAGAGGAACCUCUUAGAAAACAUUGGGUUUGAAUGUGUAAUGCACUUUAAUGAGUUCAACCAACGCACAAAGCCUGGAGUGAAACCAGAUGAGGAAGAAGUUGAAGGAGAGAAAAAAGAAAGGGAAAUGGAGGUGGACCAAGACGAAAUUGUUGCUGUCAAAGCAGAGAAAGAGGAGGAGGGCACUGAGGCCUAUCUAUCUGACUUGCCUGAACUGAACAAGUGUGUUUGCAGCACUUGCCUGAAGGAGUUCUCCAGUGUGUGGGUACUCAAGGCCCACCAGGAGGAGGUGCAUAAGGAAGUUGUCCCCAUUGAUAUGAUUGAGGACUUCGGCGAGAAAUUCAGGUGCGAUUUGGAAAAGAAACAACCAAAGGAUUCUGAAAUUGUGUCCAAUUCUACAGCCCAAGCUGAGAUGUCAAAUGGUCAACAGAGCAGUGAGGCAUCAAAUGACAAUAACUCAAGCCAAGAGAUGCCCCCUCCCCCACCACCACCUCCUCAAAUGAGCCCCCACAUGGACCUCUCAUCGGUCAUGCCAAUGCACAUGCCAUUUGCCAUGGCAAUGAAUAUGCCUUUUGCUAUGGCGAUGAACAUGCAGCCUCCACUCAUGCCAAUGAUGUUUCCAAUGGGAACAGAGAAAAUGGUGUCCCCAACAACGAGUCAAGCCGAGAACAACUUACAACAACUGCAAAAACAACAGCAACUAGCUCAACAUGCUGCUGCCAUGCAAAACCAGAAGCGGGCUCGUACCAGAAUUAACGAUGAACAGUUGAAAAUUCUCCGUAAACAUUUUGAUAUCAACAAUUCACCAAGUGAGGAACAGAUAUUGAAAAUGUCAGAACAGUCAGGACUUCCUACAAAGGUGAUCAAACACUGGUUCAGGAAUACAUUGUUCAAGGAACGACAGCGAAACAAGGACUCCCCAUACAACUUCAAUAAUCCACCAUCCACCACACUGGACCUGGAGGAGUAUGAGAAAACUGGAAAACUGCCAAUGAUGGAAGAUAAACUACUCGAAGAUGAUGUUGUUAUUAAGAAAGAAGAUGAAGAGGACAUGCCAGUUCCCAUGGAAACCAAGAUAUCAGCUUUAGAUGUCACACCUAUUAUCCCUAAUCCCCUGCCAGUUGUCCCGGAGGUGAAGUCAGAACCACGAAAUGUGGAACCUCCACGACCUCAGACUCCUGACAUGAGUGACAGUGGGGAAAGCAUGAUCAGCAUGUCUGGAGCCCCAUCAAUGACAUCAACACCAACACCGAACACAUUCAUUCUACCUCCCAUUGCACCCUGUAACACAGAAGAAAUCCGACCCCGAUUUGAAUCCUCCCCAUCAUACUCAAAGAGAGCUAAUCGUACACGAUUCAGUGACUAUCAGGUGAAAGUGUUACAGGAAUAUUUUGAACAGAAUGCUUAUCCAAAAGAUGAUGAACUUGAUCAUCUCUCUAACAUGCUUAACCUCAGCCCAAGAGUAAUUGUUGUAUGGUUCCAAAAUGCCAGACAGAAAGCAAGAAAGAUAUAUGAAAACCAGCCACCUUCUGGAGGUGACUCCAGCCAGGAAAAUCAGGUUUCACCCUACAACAGAACACCUGGUCUUAACUAUCAGUGCAAAAAGUGCUCUGCUGUUUUCCAACGAUACUACGAUCUGAUCCGCCACCAGAAAAAGUCGUGCACCUCUGACAGUAUUGCUGAAAAGUCCCAGACAUCUGUGAGUGUGACAGAGGAGGACAGUGACUCAUGGUCAACUUUGUCACAGGAUGAUGCCAACCAAUCAGAAUCCGGCUCUGCUAACUCCCUUGAACAUUCCGCUGAUCGAGAUUCCGAAGGGAUCAAGUACAAAUGUGAGAAAUGUUUGCUGUCAUUUGAGAGGUUUGACCUUUGGCAAGAGCAUCAGAACGUUCACACCAUGAAUCCCAGUCUUUUCUCAGACCUUCAGUCUAACAGUGCGUUUGGUGUACUGCAGUCAAUGGCUGCUGCUCAACAGCAAGAAACGAAAAAUGUUCUGAAGAGAAAAUUAGAGGAGGAAAGAGAGGAGGAUAUGUAUGACCAGCCGAGGGACAAACGGUUGCGCACCACAAUUUUACCAGAACAGCUUGAUUACCUGUAUCAGAAAUAUCAAGUUGACUGUAAUCCCAGCCGUAAACAGCUUGAAAAUAUUUCCAAAGAUGUUGGCUUGAAAAAACGGGUUGUACAGGUCUGGUUUCAGAACACUCGGGCAAGAGAACGCAAAGGACAAUAUCGUGCUCACCAGCAGCUUAUCCACAAACGUUGUCCAUUUUGUCGUGCUUUAUUCCGUGCAAAAUCAGCAUUAGAGUCUCAUCUAGCCACGAAACACCCAGAGGAGAUGGCAAAGGGUGAAAUCAACAUCGAUUCCAUUCCUGACGCAGCCAUAGAGAGUCCCGGAGGGUCCCAGCUGUCACCGGGAUCCCUCAUGUCACCAAGCACUAACUCUGUCGAGCUCAACCGACUCAUGUCACCACCCAGAAUGCAACCCUUCCUUCCCAUCAUACCUCCAACCAGCAUGCCAAUGGGAAUGAACUCCCUUGGUGAUCCUCUUCAGCUUUCCAUGAAACAGUUUUAUGAAGAUUCCUAUAAAAAAUACAUGGCUGAACUGAGUACCACCGGUCGUCAGAAGGAAACUUCUAAUACUACGCCAACUGAAUCAGUACCUACAUCAACAAAACACGAAACAAGCAGUAGUAGCAGCAGCAGCCAUCCUCGAGUAAACAGCAGUGCUAGUGACUACGAGGCACCACUCGACCUCAGCAAGCCUCUACGAGUGAACAUUGACAUGGAGAAAUCUUCUGAUGGGGCCUCUACAGACCUCAGUGACAGGAGUACCGAGGGAUUCAGUUCUUCUCGAAGGUCAGAUGAUAUGUUCUCCAGCAAACAUUCCAUCAGUGAUAGUUUGAGUAGCAACAAGGAUUUAAGCAAAUCUUCAUCACCAUCUGUGGAACGAUCAAGUCACCUAACGCCACCCAUGGGCAAACGUUAUCGCACUCAGAUGACAAGCGUGCAAGUUCGUAUUAUGAAACAGGUCUUUGUUGACUACAAGACUCCAACAAUGGCUGAAUGUGAAAUGUUAGGCAGAGAGAUAGGUCUGCCAAAGCGUGUGGUACAAGUAUGGUUCCAGAAUGCUCGUGCUAAGGAGAAGAAGCAUAAACUCACCAUGGCCAAUAGUUACAGCAAUGUAGAUUUCCACAAGCCUCCGGAGGAAUGUUCUUUGUGUAAAUUCAAAUAUUCCCACAAGUAUACGAUCCAGGACCAUAUCUUCACCAAGAAGCAUAUAGAAAAAGUGAAGGGCUUUAUCCAAAACCAGUCCGAUACCGAACGUGACAUUACCUCACAGUCAGCCAUCCCUGACCCCAUGCGACAACAGCGGGACAUGGAGAGGAUGAGGAAGGCGUGGGAUGAAGCCACAGUUGCUGCUGCCUCACAGCCUCACCUUUCACAGCUCCAGGCUAUGGGACUCAAUGCUCUGGGCCUACCCUCUGCAUCCAUGUCAGGGUUUAGUGGAUCGUUUUUACCCAAUGACCUGAUGCCAGAUGUGAAAAAGUUGGAGCAAAAGAAAUCCAUCGAAAAGAGCACUGAAAAAAGAGAAGGAGAAAAGAGGACCCCGGUGAAGAAGGAAUCAACCUCCACUUCAGAUGUACAAAUGUCUCUUGCCAACCUGAGUGCUCAUCUAAUGUCCCCCAUGGCGGGCAUGUUACCAGGGUUUGAUCCUAGCAUGAUGCCGUACAUGUAUCCCGGGUUACCCAGUUACCUCCCAGGCAUGGGCAUUCCCUUUCUACAGCCUGGACUCAUCCCUGGUGCAGACCCACUGUUACCUUAUGAUCCCCUCACAUUUGGAACACCUCUACCUUUACUGCAAAUUCCACAUCAAGCCAUAAAAGACGUUGGCGUGAAACUGAUGGAACCCAAGGCAACAAUUGCUCAAUAUACACAGGACUGUAAGUCCAUCUCAAGUCUGCGUUCACUGGUGCGGAGUGUAGACUACAGCUGUGCUCGUGAGUCCACUGUUGAUGUGGGCUAUAUCUGUAAGAAAUGCCAAAUGGUGUAUCCUGCCAAGGAGGCAUGCGUCACACAUCAGCGAACCAUUUGUUUCCCUGGUGGUAAAUACCCUGACAAUGUGAACCCGAUGUUGAAACUGGAACAGAUACAGUACGAAUGUCGCCUCUGUACAGACACGUUCUCCACUGUACAGGAGUACAAAUCGCACUGUCAGCUGGACUCUCACAUGGCCAAAACUGCACGUCUCCAACAGAAAUCAUCCUCAUCCUCUACACCGACUCAACCUAGUGUGGUUAAAUCAGUCGACAGUGUUUUAUCAACUGAGAAACACAUCACCAGGCCAUUAAGUACAAAGUCUCCAAGCUCUUCCAAUAACUUAUCACCCUCCCCUUUGCCAAAAGCUGAUGCAAGUUUAAAUAUAUCAGGUUCCAAUAGUGUAGUCGAUGACAUUGCGGAGGAAACGUCAAACAAGACAGAAUGAACAAACGUUAUGGUGCACCAUAACUGUCAGUGAGAUUUCUGGUCGAGGCCUAGCAUUUCUUUUUUCUUUUUUUUUUCCAUUUUUUUUUUUUUUUUGUAGUUGCUUUAAGCAAAGUGCUGUAAUAUUUCCAAUGCUGUGAAUGAAAUUUGAACUUUGACCUUUAAUGUUAAUGUAGUUGUGAACAUAUCGUGACAGUUGUAGGUGAUGUCGGUCGUGGACAAUUUUUUG